UGGGCUGCCUCUCUCUUUCCAGCGCAAGCAAAUAGGUCCAUGAAUUGCCGGCGCAGGGGGCGGACUCGGCUGCUCGCCUGCCUGCCUGCCCGUCCCCGGAUCCCGCAAGGGCAAGAGACGCGGCCGCCCGGCGCCUCCCAUGCCGGGGAAGCUGCGCCUUGAGAAGCGGGACCCCUCCGGAGAAGGAAAGAAGAAGAAGAAGAAAAGGGUUUGGGGGUCGCCUUUGGCUCCAGCGAGCCAAGUUGGAGUGUUUCAGCACCACCACAUCCACCACCUCCACUGUUAAUCUAAAGCUCGCUGCCGAAAUGACAACCGGCGUCAAAGGCAAAAACUGAUCCUAUGCAUGGUGUCUCAGAAGUUAGUCCUGCUGUGCGGUGCAGACCUUAUCCCCAAACCACCUCUAAAUUAAGUAUUUUUAAAUUACUGUAUUCCUCCUAAUUAAUAUUCUGCCCACAUGAUGAUUGCCCCCAGUCAACUUCUCCUAAUAUAUUAUGCACUCAGAUCCUGCCCUCUGCUCCCACCCUCAUACGCCGUAAGAUUAAAACUUUCUAUUAAGUAUGAUUGUGCACUGACCACAGGAUUGGGUUCAGAUUCGUAACUGUCACUUUAGGAAGCAGUCUGAUCUAUUCUGAGUCUUUUUCUGAACCAUCCAAUUAUACUUCUAUUUCUGGUCUGAAGCAGUUUAGCUAAAAACAAAGCUCUGUUUCUCACCAUUCAGUAUUAGAGGGAAUAAAAAGUGGCAUUAUUAUUAUUAUUAUUAUUAUUAUUAUUAUUAUUAUUAUUAUUAUUAUAUUUGCUUCUUUUCUAGAAGUGGGUGACAUCUGUAGGCAUAUCAGCCGCCCCUCAGAGUGGAUUAAGACUGCCAAAUUACAAACAAAUCCAUCCAGGGGGCUGGACAUUUUGUUUCUUUGUAGAAAAAGGAGUUGCCUCAAACUAGUUCAUUGGAGGGGAGAACCGGAUGAAAUUUGCAGCAAAGGCAUCCCUGCCAAAUUUCAGAAGAAUGGCUGUGAUGCUUUUCCUGCAAGAACAGGCUUUGCAGUUUGGGAAGUGUAAAAAAAGGGGGGGGAAGGAAUCGCUUAAUCACCCAUAGUGUUUUGUGGCUUGAAAACUGAAGACACACGAGAAGUGCUCCUGAAUAACAAACACAUCAAAUUGCAGACAAACAGAUCCAGGGGCUUUUGUGCUUUUAAAGUUGAUUGCAGAUGGAAAUCCUGUAUGAAUGUGGAAGCCAUUAGCAGAGUAAUUGCUGUCUGUUACCAUGACAACCAGCCGCUGCAGUCACCUGCCCGAAGUCUUACCAGACUGCACCAGCUCGGCUGCUCCGGUGGUGAAGACGGUGGAGGACUGUAGCAGCCUCGCGAAUGGGCAACCGCAGUAUGUCAUGCAAGUUUCGGCCAAGGACGGGCAGCUGCUGUCAACAGUAGUACGGACGCUUGCCACACAGAGCCCUUUCAAUGACCGACCAAUGUGUAGAAUUUGCCACGAAGGCAGCAGUCAAGAAGACUUGCUUUCUCCCUGUGAAUGUACAGGAACCCUGGGGACUAUACAUCGCAGCUGCCUGGAGCACUGGCUGUCGUCUUCGAAUACCACUUACUGUGAACUCUGCCACUUCAGGUUUGCAGUAGAGCGCAAACCAAGGCCGCUGGUCGAGUGGCUAAGAAAUCCCGGCCCCCAGCACGAGAAACGAACUUUGUUUGGGGACAUGGUGUGCUUCUUGUUUAUUACUCCGUUGGCUACCAUCUCUGGCUGGCUGUGUCUUCGGGGAGCAGUGGACCACCUGCACUUUAGUAGUAGGCUAGAAGCUGUCGGCCUCAUUGCACUCACUGUCGCACUCUUCACAAUUUACCUCUUUUGGACACUAGUAUCCUUUAGGUACCACUGUAGAUUAUAUAAUGAAUGGCGUCGGACCAAUCAAAGAGUUAUCCUCCUCAUCCCAAAGUCUGUCAGCAUCCCUUCAAACCAGCAGUCAUUGCUGGGCCUCCAUUCAGUCAAAAGGAACUCAAAAGAGACAAUCGUUUAAUUGUGAUAAUCAUGAGCUGGGGCCAUGAACUACAUGCGGGGGUCUAAUUCCAUCCAAACCUGGUAGUGGUUAUUAUGAAAAGACAAGACUCUUCACGCCGAAGAGAGGACACGACUGUGGGAAUUGAAAUCACGGAUGCUGCAAUCAUAUGAUAUUUGCUGAGCUGCCAAACCUGCUUAAACUUUAGCAGAUACUGUAUGAAAUUCCUCAAUCCCAUGUUGAUAGCUGCAUCGCUAGGGAUGCAACCCUUUUUUAUUGUUGUUUAAAAAUGAUUAAACUAUGAUGGCAAACAAUGCAAAA